UUUGAGGGAACGGACAUUGAAUAUACUAGCGAAUGUUUGCUCCUCUCUGGCUCUACAACUUGUCUUUUCCAACUGCUUCCUGCAUUCCGAGUAUGAAAACAUGGCGGUAAAAAACAGAAAACAAGGCGUCCGAGAUCAGCCACAGCAGAGAACUGACCGAGAGAAAAGUCCGUUUGUGCCUGCUCAGAACACCGGCAAAGCCAGGCGACUGGGAAAAGAAGGGAAAGCUGUCCCUUUCAACAGCUUGCUUCAAAAUAAAAACGGACUCUUUCCUGCAACUGUAUUCAUCAGAAACAAACUGGGCCUUAGCCAGACAGUUUUUAUUAAGAUCGGAAUCAGUGUUAUUUUGGCUGCUGUGGCCGGUAUUAUACAUUGGUAUCAUCUUUAUCACCUUUUUGAGAAUGAUAGACAUUUUUCACACUUGUCAACACUGGAAAAGGAGAUGGCAUUUCGAACAGAAAUGGGUCUUUAUUACUCCUAUUUUAAGACCAUUAUUGAAGCUCCAUCUUUCCUGAAUGGACUGUUUUUGAUCAUGAACGAUCGCCUAACAGAGUACCCCCUGGUUAUCAACACCCUGAAGAGGUUCAAUCUGUACCCGGAGGUGGUACUGGCCAGCUGGUACAGAAUCUACACAGGUAUAAUGGACUUCUUCGGGGUGACCACAAAGAUGUGCUGGUCUGUCAACAGGGGGGAGGGCCUGACUCCGGUCGACAGCUGUGAAGGUAUGGGAGAUGCAGCCUACUUUUACGUGACUUUCGUGUUCCUCCUGAACGGGCUCAUGAUGAGUCUGUUUUUCAUGUAUGGGACAUAUUUAAGUGGCAGUCGGCUCGGGGGCGUGGUCACAGUCGUCUGCUUCUUCUUCAACCACGGCGAGAGCACUCGGGUCAUGUGGACACCUCCAUUACGUGAGAGCUUCUCCUACCCCUUCCUGGUGCUGCAGAUGCUGCUGGUGACCUACAUCCUCCGGAGCAGGAGUCCGGGGCGAAAGGCAUUCUUUGCACUUGGCAUUUCCAAUGUGUUCUUUAUGCUGCCGUGGCAAUUUGCCCAGUUUGUUUUACUCACACAGAUUGCUUCCUUGUUUGCUUCUUACAUUUUGGGGUACCUUACCCCAGCCAGGAUGCAGUCCCUCUUGGUCACACACAUGGCCUCGUUGGGGGUUUGCUUUGUGCUCAUGUUUGGAAAUUCAAUGCUUUUGACAUCAUUCUACGCCUCCUCGUUGCUCUCCAUUUGGGGGAUAAUCGCUUUCAGGGACAUAAUUGGCAGGUUCUGCAAACCAGGAGUCAUUACAUGGGUCAUGCAGAGUCUUGCAUGGAUUGGCUCCACGGUGGCCCUAAAAUUCCUGAUGUCUGCCAUCUUUGGAGCCUCAGACGACGCCCACAUAAGCAGCCUGAUCAAGUCCAAGUUCUCCAGCUACAAAGACUUCGACACCAUGAUGUACACGUGCGCCGCCGAGUUCGACUUCAUGGAGCUGGAGACUCCCCUGAGGUACAUAAAGACCUUGCUGCUACCUGUGAACCUGCUUGUCCUCGCAGUCAUUGCUGUAAAGAUAAUACAGGACAUUUGGAGGUUUUUAAGACAUGCCGAAAUGAGCCCCCUCAAGCCCGACCAAGACGCUUCUGAACAGACUGCACUGUUCGCAAAUGGAGAGUUGGUCUAUCAUUCUCUGCAGCUGGUGGCAUUUGCCGGGCUGGCUGUCCUCAUCAUGAGAUUGAAGCUGUUCCUCACUCCUCAGAUGUGUGUAAUGGCCUCGUUAGUCUGCUCCCGUCAGCUCUUCAGCUGGGUCGGGGAGAAGUACAGGCAGCAGCUGCUGGUGUUCGGUCUGCUGUCUCUCAUGGCCGUACAGGGAGCGGCCAACCUGCAGAACCAGUGGGGCAUCAUGGGAGAAUUCAGCAACCUGCCGCAGGAGGAGCUGCUGGAGUGGAUCAAGGACAACACCCGGCCGAAUGCCGUGUUUGCAGGCGCCAUGCCCACCAUGGCCAGUGUGAAGCUGUCAGCCGUCAGGCCCAUAGUGAACCACCCGCACUACGAGGACGCAGGACUGAGGCAAAGGACCAAGCUGGUGUACGCCAUGUACAGCCGCAAGCCAGCCGAGACUGUGAAGAGGAACCUGAUGAGCCUGGGGGUGGACUACUUCAUUCUGGAGGACUCGUGGUGCACCAGGCGCUCCAGGCCUGGCUGCAGCAUGCCUGAGAUUUGGGACGUGGAGGACCCUGAAAACGUUGGUAAGGUCCCCCUGUGCACCAUGAUGUCCCAGGACCCCCGGCCCCAUUUCAGAACUGUUUUCCACAACAGCGUUUACAAAGUGCUCCGAGUCCCCAAGGCUGCCAGUGACCACAGAUAACGACAGGGUCCUCCAAGGGUUUAACAUCUUGGAUUGGCCUCACAUGCAAGGUAGCCACGGAAGAGACUGACACCUUCUACACUUUUCAAUUUGCUAAACUGAGCUGUUGCGUCCCGUUUUAGGUGACCUUGCUGUACGUGCAAUUUUGCCACUUUGGUCGCUGCUGUUCUCCUAGCACACUGGGCACCAGUUUCAACAUUUUGCCAUUUGAGUGAAAGACUUUAUCUGAGCAUAUCCUCUCCUGGGUUUGGUCACGUUUCAAGAGCCAGAGGUGAAGGGAAGGUCAAAGAUAACCUUAGGUCCAAAAACAUUUGUAUUAAUAUAUUUGACUGUGUAUGGCAGAGUGUACCCUUAUUGUGCUUGUUCAUUUCAUUUUUCCUCAAUCAGUACAUUCCAGUCAGCUGAUGUUAUUUUUGACUUAAAAGCAUAGGAAUUGCCAAGACAGGAAAUACAGGUUUGGAAAAGAUCUCUUAGGUCCCUUAAAUGACCUCGUUGGCAGUUAAACUCUUGCCACUGUUUCAAGAUGAAAUGGUUUUUCCUUUUCAGAUUCCCGAGUGGGAAUCUUUCAGUGUAGUUUGGCAGAAGUUUGUAUUGUGUGGGUUAGUGCAUCUAAGAGGGCUCAGAAAACUUUAAGGAUUUUUUUUUUUUAAUUGUUAAAACUUAAGACCUGAAGAAAGUUGCACGAUGGUCAUUCAUCAUGUAAACAUAUAAACUAAAAUGGAACUCAAAUGAAACCUAUAAACUCAAACUCAACGCAAAUGAACGUGGAAGGUGAACAUGAAAAAUAAAGAUGACUAGAUUUCAAGUUUAGGAAACAAAAUGUUUCCAUGUUGUCAAGUGUAACCACUGUCUAAUAUGGAGUCUGAAUAGGAGUCUUUUACUUGACUGUCAAAAGCGGUGAGCAUUAGCUAUUAAAUUGGCUAUUACUCACAGGCAAGUUGUUUUUAGAUUUAAAAAAUAUUUAACAGUGUUCAGUAUGCACAAGCUCUAAAGUAGUAUUCACAAAUGUUUUACACCAUUUUCUUUGAAUAAUAGGAUAAUUGUUUUGGUUUUGUUACUUUUGAACAGCCAGUAGACCAUUUCAUUAUUUGUGUAAUGAGUAGGUGGAGGCAUAUUGCCAUUUUUUUAACCAAUUCAUUUAUUUUAAGUCCUUUUUCCUGUAAAUCCUUCCUUUUCUUUUCAUUGUUACCAUUUCCUUUUGCUGUGUUUGUGUUUUUGGUUUGUUCUUGUCCACAGGAAGGUGCUUUUAGUUCAUUUUGCCAAAGCCAGGGGUUUUGCCUUAUUGCCACAUCUAUCAGGGAACUGUAGCUCAUCUGAAAUGAUACUUUUGCCCAUAAAUUGGAGACUAAUCUGUGACUCACUGCCCUGUUAUCAGAUACCUCAACCUCCAUUAGACUCCUGGGAGGAGCUGCUAUUGGCAGAAAGGUCAGACAAUUGCCAAAGUUUACCACCGUAUAGUUGGUGAAAUACUCAGUACCAUUUGUAAAUGCAAACUUUUUAAUUUUGAGUGGAGCCCAGGAGUACAAUUACAUUUUCAACCACAGGCAGCCAAUGCUAAACUUCUGAAAGUCCUCUGAAACUGUCAGUAUGGGUUUGACAGAUGUAGCUGUUUCUCAGAAAGGUUGAUCAGAAUGAACAGGCACCCCCUAUUGCGUUGAACACAGCUGAACUCUUUGAACGAGAGGAGUGUUAUUUUGUGGCGUUUCUCUGGGUUUCAUGUUACGGUUAGACGGAUAUUCUAGCUCAACAGUUUAUGUAGUGUUAUUCCACCAGCUAGUUUGUUUGUCGAGUGUAUGUAUGUGUCACUAUUUGUAUAUCGGUACUAUGUAUGUCAGACCUGAACUUCCCUUUUAAGAAGUGUUGAACUUCCUGUUCAGUAGAUUGCUGCUGAAUUACACAAAAAAGAAAAUGUGAAAGAACAUGGUGGGGAAGUAAAGGGGGGGGG